UCACAGGAUUAACUAAGCAGAAAAGUGCUGUUUUACAGAAUUUUGUGCUCUGGCAACAAGAAAUCAUGCUGUACUAAAAAAACCCACAGACAUCAGGUACAGCCAGCUCAGUUUCAACAAUUUGCCGAAGUAAGUCUUCACAAAGGAAAACUUGCUGCUUCUCACUUGGACUGCUUGGGAAAGAGAGAGAACCACAUGGAUGCGUUCGAGGGAAUUCACAGUGUCCGUAUUUCCUCAUCUCCGCCGACUUCAGCCUCAUCCACCCCAGGGUAUGAAGUCCUGAAGGCAGGCCGGUCGGGAAUAGCAGUCUACUCCUCUCCAGUUUUCUUUGGGACAUCUGCAGUCAAACACCAGUCCAGCAGGGUCACUGCGGAGGAACGCUGUGUUGUUGGACAGUUGGUAGAUCUGGAUCCGGAGCCGGUGACCGUAGUGGAGGGAGGAAGCCGGGAUGGGCCCGUCUCAGGCAGGCCGCACGGCGAUCUCUGCCGGCUCCGCAGCUCCUCACUGGAGAUUAAAGAAAAAGAAAUCAGAGAGAAGGGGUCAGAGAUCCUCCGGGAACAGCUGGACGCAGCAAAGAGGGAACUGAAACUAAAAGACAAGGAGUGCGAACGUCUGUCGCAAGUCAGGAAUCAGCUGGAGCAGGAGCUGGAGGAGCUGACUGCCAGUCUGUUUGAGGAAGCCCAUAAGAUGGUGCGUGAAGCUAACGUGAAACAAGCAGGGGCAGAGAAACAGCUGAAGGAGGCUCAAGGAAAGAUUGACGUUUUGCAAGCGGAGGUGACUGCGCUCAAAACUCUGGUGUUGACGUCCACCCCUUCCUCACCGAACCGGCAGCUGCAUCCCCAGCUGCAGUCGUCGGGCUCCAGGGGUUCCCACAGGCGCGGCGCGGGCCACAUCCGCACCAGCAGUGUCGGCGCAGCCUUCCAGACCUCUUCUGGAAAACCGGAACCUUCUACUGUUUCCAUUCAGUCUGUGGCCACAGAGGAGCGAGAGCCUGCUGUUCCUGCUCUCCUCUCUCUGAUUCUCUGUCUGCUGCCAGGCCAGCCAAUCAGUGUAAAUGCUGGCCAGGACCAGGGAGAGGGCAUAGGAACUGAUAGCAAACAGAUGGACUCGGUUCUGUUUGCAGAGUUUUUGUUGUGGAGGGAACAUCCGAGCCUGGACCGAUCCUCCGCCUUCCUGAGCCGAGUUUACCGCGAAGACAUCGGGCCGUGUCUCUCCUUCACGAGAUCAGAGCUGUCCCAGCUGGUCCAGAGAGCAGUGGAAAACAACUCCCUGACCGUCGAACCUGUGGCCAUGUCGGCUUUACCGGUGGUGAAAGCAUCGGCUUUAGAGUGUGGAGGUCCUAAUGGAUUUAGGGCUUCAGUAGAGACAAAAUGCGCUUUGAGCGGCUUGUCACGAGUCUGCCAGCAUCGCAUCAAGCUGGGAGACAAGGGGAGCUACUAUUACAUCUCUCCAUCAAGCCGAGCUCGGAUCACGGCUGUGUGUAACUUUUUCACGUAUAUCCGGUACAUCCUGCAGGGCUUAGUGAGACAAAAUGCGGAGCAGAUAUUCUGGGAGGUGAUGCGACUUCGCAGAGAGAUGACCGUCGCUAAGCUGGGUUUCUACCUGACGGACCAGGGCUAAAUGACUUCCCAGCCAGACUGAGUCCUGAUUAGAGAAGUCUGAUUUCAGUUUGCGACCAGAUUGUACAUCGUUAGUGAAGGGAAGCAGGAAAUGUGCUACGUUUUGGGAAUGUGAUGAGAAAAUCAAACCACCUGCUGGAUUACGACCUGAAAAUGAUUAUGGGGUUAUAGCGGCGGUAUGCCCCCUAUUGUCGCCACUUAUGGGCUCCAUUAGGAAAUGAGAAGGAUAUUAUCUUCUAAAGAAAUGUCCUGCAGAACUUCUUAUUGGAGCUCAACAGAUGUAUUGUUACAGAGUGACCCAACAGACCAGAACCACUCCACGGAGUUUGUCUCUUACUUGAAAAACUCUGCGACAUUUGUUUCUCACAGAAAUGCAAAGCUCAACUCCUGCCUGCAUUCAGGUGACAUACAAUUCGACACGUCUUCCUACGUCUUCGCAGUCUCUGGUGUGUGCAUGCACUUCCUGCUCUGCAUGAUAACAUCAUAAACUAGUCACCUUCAGCCUCUUGCAGCUCCAUGUGAUUCCUUCAUUUAAUCGGACGUGUUCUCAUUAAUCACACCUUCACUCUCAGCAGGCACAGCUUUUACAUUGUACAGAAGAUAAGAGCUUUAUUGCAGUUAAUUACAAUGCUUCAAAUGUACAUUUGCACUCUUCAAUGAACAGUACUAUAAACAAGCCAUAAAUUACAUAGCCAUAUUGGAUCAUGAUUUACCUCUGAGUGUAAAUUUGUUAUAGUAGCCCACUUUUGUUUUGAACAAAACAUGAAGGAUUUAUUGUGCAAUAUUUGCUUCUUAGCCAAAUUAUUGUUUUUUUUUAAAGUCAAUGUAAUGAUGAGUAAUAAACAAAGCACUGUUGCUUAAAUGU